GUCGAGCUCGAGUAUGUGCGCUUCAAAAGGUCCGGUGACAGCGUACGAUAGGAUUAUCCUGCAUUGGGGGACCUGGCAAUGUUGACGGGCUUUAUGCGCCCAGUUUUGCAGCGCAGUGAACACGUCCAACUCCAAUGGCCCCCGCCAUCUUGCUCGUACUUCUUGGCUUCAGAUGUCUCGCUGUCUUAGGAGCUCUACAGCAGGACAGCUGCUCAGAAGAGUGCCUUCAGAAAGUCAUCCUGCAAAAACCUGACGGCCGAUUUGUGAUCAUCGAAGGGCCCUUGACAAUACCGCUAGUCGAAGUCAUCGAAUUACUGUCGCGAAACAUAUCCACCCACUACGUAACGUUCAAGGUCAAUGAAAAAGACUUUCACAUACCAAACAACGUUCAGCCAAAGCUAGUGCGCAUUCUGCAGAAGUAUUCAUUCGUCGAAGAGGUAAUUGAGGCGAUUCUUACGCGGAAUGUCCUCGAGGAGAUCAAGAAGACAACACCAGCGCACAAAAAAGCAACGCCAAAAGUGCCGUCCGUAAGACCAAGCGUUCUUUCAACACCUACUACGGUACAUGUUACCACGACUACGACAACCACGAGACCAACAACCCCUGCGCCUGCAACGAAGCCUACCUUUCUGCCGGAAGAAGCGACCACGGUGACGUGGGUGAAAUCGGAAACAAUAACGUUACCAUCGACGAAACCGUCAAGUGCCCCGGUGCAUGGCGCAACCGAAAGUGUCGAAACCGUUACCCCAGAAAUCGUGACAGAGCGUCCCCCUAGCGAGAUACCUGUCAGUGUGCAAAAUACUCUUGAUAUUGUGCAAAAGAAUCCUGAUAGCUUCGUGACCGCUUACGAAGUCUUAAAGUCUCAAGGCGUUAAGUUCCCCGAUGAUUUGACCAAGCCGAUCACGUUCGUAAUUAUCAAAGGCGUGAGAUACCGUCUUCAUGAACCAAUUGUCCCGAAGAUACCCAUCGAUGUAAGCGGAUCCGUUUUUGACCUGUCAGUUGAUGUUCAAAGGUUUCUCAAGUUCGUCAGUGUGGAAGACCAAAAGAUGGAUGCUAUCAUGACUGCGAUUAAGCAGAUUCAUGGAAAGCCUGUAAUCAAAAACGGUAAACUUGUGGCCGUCACCAUUUUGGGGAAGACCUACAGUCUGCCGCGUCCUGUAGACAUUGUUGUUGUGGUGCACGACGUCAAAUACACCCUUCCAAAAGAUCUCGAAAUACUCCUGAACAAAGUAAAAGACGAUCCACAAGCCUUCUAUCAAGUGUUGGCCCUCUUAGAGUUUUAUGGCUUCCGGACCAGGAGAACGGAGCAUGGAAGAAUAAUUAGUGUCGAAUUUGAAAGCAAGGUCUACCCAGUCAAGACGGUUACACCCAUCAAGGUGACCCUCAGGAAAAAAGUGUACACCAUCCCGGCAGAUCUGGAGAAGAUACUCUUUAAUCCUGACAGAAGACUUACUGGCGAGCUUCUACUAGAGCUUCAGAACAAAGGAAUUUAUCUGGACGUGGAUGAGAAAACAUCUACCAUCAGAGGAAUACUUAUGCAAGGCAUCCUUGUGCCUUUUCCUGUUUUCAUCAACCUUCAAAUACAAGUUGACGAAAGAAAAUUUCGAAUACCGACAGAUAUCCCAGAACUCAUCAAAGUUCUGGAGACAAAAACCUUGUCUGCAGAGCAUGUGGCGUAUAUCUACGAAAUCACCGGAAUCCAACCAGUUCUUUCACCAAACAACGAAGUCAUCGGUCUGAAAUUUAACGGCAAGACGUAUCGCAUGAAACCAAAAAAGCAGACCAUUCUGGUUAUUAACCAGUUUCGGUAUGUGCUUCCUAAAGACAACGAUAGGCUUGCGGAUGACCUCCUCAGUAGGAGGUUGGGAGCAGGAUUGUUCUUGCAAAAACUCCAGGAGGCCGGUUACACCAUUCUCUUCAAUGAGGACGGCAAAGUUAGUUCCGUUCUGAAGGGCAUGGAUAUUUUAUAUCUUCCAGUUGAGAUUGAGCUACUGAUAAUAUUAAACAAGAAGAAAUAUCGUGUUCCUAAGGACUUAGAUAAAAUGGCACAGUUCAUCGGGUCGCUGGAGUCUCCGGAGCAUGUGAACCACGUGUUAGAAAAGCUGCAAGAGCUCGGUGUACGCGUAACACAGGAUCCUUCGACAGGAAGAAUAACACUUAGAUUCAACCAACGUGAAGUUCCCAUAGUUAAGCAAGAGAAACCUUCUUUGGAAGUCCAGAUAGAUGACACAAGAUUCACCCUGCCAGAAGAACUUGACGACCUUCUUUUAUAUGCUCGAGAGAACCACGUCCCCGCCGUCACGAUCAUUAAAAUUUUGGAACGGAACAACAUUCAAGUUGAACUAGGUAACAACAACGAAAUAACCGGUGUGUCAAUCCACGGGACUGUGUUUCACACGUCCGUAUCAGAGGUCACAGAAACCGUGGAGGUUGUCGUCACUGUUGAAAAUCAGCAGUUCGUGUUUCCAAGAGACGUGCAGAGAUUUGUGAACUUUGCCAAGUCCAGAGGUAUUUCACUCGUAACUCUUAUCCCUGCUUUGGAGCAGAAGGGCAUCGAAAUGGAGUUAGGUCCGGAAGACGAGGUAAUCUCUCUAACUGUAGGGGGUCACGUGUUCCCUGUGCAUCAACCCAGGACUGUUGUGGCGGGCAGCACGGUGCUUGAGGACAUGAUUAGCAAAGUGGAAGAGGAACCAUGGGUUAUUAACGAUAUCCUGACCGAAGUUUUGAAGAUGAAAAAGCAGAAGCCUGGCACAAAGGUAGACGUCAAGAAACGACCAGACGGCUCGAUUGCAUCCAUCACAAUCAACGGACAAGUUAUUCCAAUACCACACGUAGUAAGCGUAAAACAAGUUAUUGGAGGAAAGAAGUACAUAUUUCCGCAAGAUUUCCGCGUCAUUUUCACUCGUAUCGAGAAGGACCCCUCUUUCGCAGCAAAGCUUACGAUCAAGCUCCAGAAGUCCAAAGUUCCGCUGGUGAUAUCAGAUGAUUCCAUCGUGGGAGCUGUUAUUGGAGGCAGGCGAUACAUGUUUCCCGCUACAAUCACCCUCUUCAUUCACGCUGGAACCUCCAAGACAUACUCUGUGCCUUCCGGUAUUUAUAACUUCAUCGCGGACGUCCUGGUGGCCCGAGCGUCUUCGCUAAACCUCGACGAAACCAUCGCCACAGUCAAAGCGGCUGGAAUCAUUCCGCACGUUGUGAAGAACCGUAUCGUAGAUCUACGCUUCAACGGUAAGCGAUACGUUGUUUCUAAACAGACGUCAAGUAAAGCAUCGCUAACGGUACACGUGAAGGGUAAAACCUACGUUAUCCCGCAAGACGCAAAAAAGUACGCCGAACGUCAAAAGCAAAAGGAAGUGACGUUCGGAGACCUCGUGCUUGCUAUCCACGAGGCAGGAGCCACUGUGGUCACCGACAAGGACGGCUGGAUCACGGGUUUCAGACACGGUGAUGAUGUUGGAGACAUCGGCAUAAUUUUCAAGUACUCUAUCGUCUCUGAAGGUAAAGAAUACACAAUCCCGAAACAGCUCAAGCAACUAGCUGAUGGCCUGUCGACUGCGAGCGUCGAUUGGAAGCAAACUGGGGAAUUCCUAAGAAGCUUUGGACUCACAGUGAAAGAAGAAGGAACAAAUAUAAGGAUCGGCUUUGAGGGUGUAUUCUACAACGUGAAAAGACACCUGCCCAACGCCACCAUCAAUAUGUCCAGUGACACGUAUCACCUCCCGGGCGAUAUCUACAAAAUGGUGAGGGAUAAUUUGGACCGUUGGGAGGCGUUUGAGAAGGACUUGAAGAGUCUCAAGAUGAAAAUCAAAUUGGACGAGGAUUCUAAGACACCCAAAAAGUUGACACUGAAUGGGGUAGAGUACGACGUUCCUCCCGAGCCAAACAGAUGAGAGAAGAUUUGAGCGAAUAAAGAAUUCGGAUAGUGUAUUAUGUAUAUCUACUCUGCUCCGUGUGUCCAUUUGUUGUGAUCGUGAGUGGUCAUAAAAGGUAUAAUGAACUGACAGGGGUAAUUUUUUUGUUUGCUUAUUCCUGGUGGUGCCAUGUUCUUCCGAUGCCGGGAGAGAAAAGUGUUUGCAUAUUUGUCAUGUACCCAGGCAGUAACCGAUUAAAGUGUAUUAUGUACGUGGUUAUUCCUGAAAUAAAAUUGCGCGCAUGCAUGCCA